UCUCCCCGCACCGGCACGGCGGGGACCGCGCGGUCAUCUCCCCGCACCGGUACGCGCGGCCGGAGGGUUUCUGCGCUCGGGAAUGAACGCCGCCUUGCGCAGCUCUUCGCCCGGGGGCGGCGGGCCCAGCUGGUGGCUGAAAUGCUGUGGCAGAGGGCCCGUCAGGUGCAGCCAGCCAGGCUAUUACAGAAUGACCUUGCAUUGAGCCUUUGUGGAAGAAACAAGAUUUAAACAUCAGUUCUUCAAUGUGCAUCCUUCUAUUCAAAUUUGACCCACGGCCAGUUUCAAAAAAUGCGUACAGGCUUAUUCUAGCAGCUAAUAGGGAUGAAUUUUACCACAGACCAUCCAAAUCAGCCGAGUUUUGGGACAGCAGCAAUGAGAUCCUUAGUGGUCUGGAUAUGGAGGAGGGAAAAGAAGGAGGGACAUGGCUGGGAAUCAGUAAGAAAGGCAAGAUGGCAGCCCUGACAAACUACAUGCAGCCAAAGAUUGAUAAAAAUGCAAAAGGAAGAGGUGCUCUUGUAACAAACUUCUUGACUGCAGAUCUGGACAGCUACUCUUACUUGAAGAAAGUUUCAGUAGAGGGACAUCUUUACAAUGGAUUUAAUUUAUUAGCAGCUGACUUGAAUACCACCAAAGGAGAUGUAAUUUGCUACUAUGGAAACAGAGGAGAACCAGAACCUGUUUUCCUAAAUGCUGGAAUAUAUGGAUUGAGUAAUUCUUUGUUGGAUACACCAUGGAAGAAACUUCAGUAUGGGAAGCAGCUUUUCACAGAAGUGGUCAAGAGAAGUCAAGACCUUACCAAAGAAGACUUGGUGAAGGAGCUUCUUACAGUGAUGAAUAAUCAGGAGCCUCAAUUACCAGACCCUGCAAUUGAAGACCAAGGGAAGGACUACAUCCGUCCCAUACUGAACAAGUAUGCAGCUUUAUGUGUUCGUUGCCCAGGUUACGGAACAAGGACGAACACGGUGGUGCUCAUCGAUUCCGAGGGAUGCGUUACUUUCACCGAGCGCAACAUGAUCAAUGCUGAUGUCAACCAGUGGCAAACAAGCACCUAUGAAUUCAAACUACACAGUUAACAACUUUCCACAUGAAUGGUUUGUAAUAAUAGCAAUGAGACAACAAGCCAUUAAGCUCUAGUAAAUGUUUUGUGCCAGCCUCCACAAAUUAAAAAUAGCAAGGAAAGCAAAAGUUUAAAUAAACUGGUAGCAUACCCUAUCAAGCUUACAAAUGCUUUGGAGAAAACCAGAUGAAGAUGCUUUGUUUUACAUGAAGUAGCAACUUAUAAUCAGAAAUACUUUAUUUAAUACCACCCUGCUUUCAGGGCAAGGCCAUCUUUGUCCAAGACAAAGUCACCACUUUUUCGUAGGUGUGGAUGUUUUUAAAGAUGUUAUAAGUAGCACUUAAACUUGGUUUUAGUUCUAAUGGUGGGGAAAUAUUUGCUGCUUUUAUUGUUCUAUAUGAAGGUUUUACCAAGCUUUGCUUUAUCUUCAACAUAUGCUGUUAAGAUUGUACAGCUGAUGCCAAUGUGCAUUAAAUGAAUGUAUGUUAUCCUGGUAGUAUUAAGUGCUUUAGUCUAAUUUAAGCUUCUCAGUGCCAUGGUGCAAUGUUCUGCCUGGGGAGGGCAGAGAAGGGGACUCUUUACAUUUGUUUUUCUAUAGAUAGUAUAGCAAUAGAUCUUAUUUCUUAAACUUGAUCUGAGAAUCAAGGUAGGGAAUUUAGUUCAGUCUCUGUUCACUUUUACUGAAAGAACCAUGGGAGCAGACUUGCGUAUCUUUGACCUGAAUAAAAAUAUUUGUGCUGUGACAUCCUGUUCCCUGAUAGUCUAAUUAGCAGUAUUGUUUUUGUUAUUUUCUUCCCCAGCAAGCAGGUAAGGAAUAGGUACCUGUUUGCAAACAGAAGCUGAAGAUGAGGUUUUAUGUAUCAGCUGUUUUGUACAUAGAAAAUUUUGGAUUCAUUUCUUUGUUGGUAGAAUGUGUUACAGCCUGGAGUGGAUUCCAUCUCAUGGAUUAUUAGUAGAAAUAGCUAUGUAUUAUAAGGUGACACUGUUGCAGUCUUAUAUUGCUGAAAAAGUUGAAUAUUAAGAGGUACUUCCUGUGUUCUAAGACCUGUGAAUUAAAAAGCUAUUUAAAUGCAUGCUUUUUUCAAUUAUUCAGUGCCAGUGCAGGUAAUGGAAGAUUCUAGCUAAUAACAGGAUAUUUGAAAACCCCAAGCUAUUUUUGCUUCUACUGGUGUUCUGUUUUGACUUAUUUUGAAUACUGAAUAUUAGGUUCGUAAUGGAUCACCACUAUGUUUUUCCUUUAGGUAUGCUGACUAAUUUUCACAAGCCUCUGAUUUUAAUUAAUUAUUGCAAAGUAGCCAGAUUUUUCCUACUCUUUGGAAGAUGUGCAGCUGUGUUUCUGUACUCAAGCUGGUGUGUUUGGGCAUUCUCGUGUGUGUGUGUGUGCAAUGGAGGCAGCAGUAAAUGAGACUGUCCAUUGAGGUGAAGUACUGUGAAAAGCCAUUCCCAGAUUUGUAAUUGUCAGGAGAUGCUAAAGCAUCCUUUAGUCAAAUCUCUUCUUUAUAUUUGCAUAUUUAAAUAGCUUCUAGAUACCAGGACUGCUUACAUGACUAGUUGCAGGUUGUGGAUUCAGUUCUGUAUAAAUGACUUUUUGACCACCUUGAUUGCAAGACAAUCAACAAUCGUGUUGGGUUGUGCAUGGUUUAGAACUCAAAGCCUUCCAGACUGUCCUUCUGAGCUGCAGGAAAUGGUCAGCCCUUUUAAAAUUUUUGAUGACUUCUUAAACCCUAUAUUUGUAUGGAUAAAAAUGUUAACUGUUAUUUUUAGAUGCAGAGAAGUAGCUAAAGCUGUCUUAAAUUUGAGUUUGACACAUGCAUACCUAGAAACAAAGCCCUGCCUCAAUAGCUUGCUCUGAGAGUUUGCAUAGCAAACUUUUUAAUAUCCACUUACAAAUAGUGGAUAUUUAAACAUGACAUUCUAUUUGAAGACAUUAUCAUAAAGGCAAGCAAAAUACUUGCAUGCAGUAUCAUGCUAAAAGCAUUUGUAAACUUCAGUCUUUAUAGCAGUUCAGUAAUAAUGAAAAUUUAUUUUUGGUUUUUACAUAUAGGCAAAGAAAGGUGAGUCAUAUCUUAGAUGUAAAUAUGGAUUAUAAUAAUGUAUUUUGAUAUGCUUGAAUCAAAAUUCUAAAUCUGGGAUUUGCUUUUUCUGACAAUUAAAAUAAACAGGAAAGAGCCCAAACCUUGGAUGCUGUUUUUUAUCACAUCAGAAUAGCUAAUAAAGUGAGGGUUUUUAACUUCUUCAGAAGCUUUGUGAGAGUUUUGUCAUUGGCUUCAGUGGAAACAGGAUCAGGACUGCUGUGCAGAUAUCAGCAAGCGGUGCUUGACCAUAGAAGUAAUAAGAUAUUUGUGAAGUGCAUGAUCUACUCUGUGCAAAUUAGAGUUGCAAUGAAUCCACUGGAAAAUGGAUACUGUACCUACAGUUAACAAAGAAAGUGCUUUAUUUUUGUAAAAGUAUUUUUAAUAACAAAAGGAAAUUUUAAAUACCAGUUUUAAAGGAUAUAAAGGAAAAAGGUGUAUAUAGGAAACUACUGCAUGGCAUUUUACUAAGUUUGCUUAUACAUACCAUUUCUUCAGUCAUACAUUUGCAAGAGAUUUUUGUUUCCUGAUUUUUCUCUAUUGGAAUGGUAGUGGAAGAAAUCUUAAAAUGUGUAAAACCUCAGCUAUGUUUUUUUGCUUAAAAUUGUAUCAUAAUUGUUGUUUACAUGUGUGUUCAAAACUAGAAUCAGAAUAAAGUCAAGCUGGUGACCAGUCUUUGUUGGCAUUAGUAGAUUGUGCAUUUUUGCACAUAUGUUUUUGUUAAUUUGUCUGUAAUUUGGUGUGAUACAAUGAAGUAAAAUCUGUAAUGCCAUAUUAAGGAUGAA